GCUGUUUUACGCGACAUGAACGCAAGUACCGUGUUUAGCAAGAUAGAUCUCAAGUGGGGUUUUCACUAGUUUCUACUCAGCGAGGAAAGUCGCCUCAUCACUACGUUUGUCACGCACAGAGGGCUGUAUCGGUACAAGCGGUUGAUAUUUGGAGUGACAUCGGCACCAGAGAAAUGUCAGCAAAUUAUCAGAGACAUGUUAAGGGGUUGUGCUGGGGUUGCCAACGUAGCGGACGAUCUUAAAGUCUUUCCAACAAUUCACGCCUUUGAGUGACCACAUGUCAAGUUAUGUUAACACUCUGAAAAUCUCCAAUUGCUGACGGCCUAUAGAAACACAGAAACGUCCAGUAAAGUCUCAACAGACUCUCAUCAAAAACAUAUUUUUCGGGUAACUACCCAACAGUUGAGAUUCUUUCGCCAUUCCUCGUCGUAUUCCUUACCUUUUUUAAAUUCCAUCACUGGAUUCUUCUCCUUUUUAUCUUUCUCCACUCACAUGCUAGGUUUAAACGCAGACAGAUAGCAAAGAACUCCAUUUGCAACCGAAAUCAGGAGAUGUUAAAACGUUUGGAAUUGAAGGAUCAGGAUGUUCUGCCGCAAGAAACAUCUCACAUUGGUCAUUUAUGUUGGCAUGUUACAAUUGACCAUUCACACUUUGGCGGGUUAAAGAAUUUAGUUUGAAAUACAAUUUUUUUAACAACUCGCCCGAUUGAUCCCUCCCGUAAGUCACACUUCCUGGGUGGAAUCAAUUACUUUCCUAUUAUUUUGAAUUAAUCUAUUUUCCACGAGGUCAUCAUUUGGCGAUGACACUGGGCUCGAAGAUUGCUUGAGACCAGGCAGAAGAGGUUUCUUCUCAGCAGUGUUUACCAUGAUCAAGCUUUAUGGGUCUGACAAAGUUUGGUGGAGGCUCAAAGGUUGUGCUAAUGAACAGGGAUUUCUGAAUGCUACAUCAGUGAAAAUGCUAUUUGUUCGUUGUGUUGAAAUGGCUGUCUUUGUACUUCAGAGACAUUAUGGUGAUGUUGUUGUCGUCGAGGAACAUGGUCCAGCAGUAACCCUGAAAAUAACUACUCCAAAUGGAAGACAUAUUUCUGUGGACUUGACUUUGGCUAUCCGAGUUCAGUGGCCUGUUGUUGCUGAGGAAUGGACCACGAGGCCUCGAGUUUGGCCAGAUCAGAACCAUUUACAACUAAUAGUUUUUCAAGAUGGAUGUCAUCUGGUUGCAAAGAAACCUACUGGUCCUGAACACUAUAAAGAUUUGUGCUGGAGGUUCAGCUUUUCAGCUGCUGAGAUGAGACUGUUUAACUUGGGAGGUAUUGCAGAUGGAAAUCAAAAUUGUUUAAGGCAGGUUUUACGGAAACUGAAAACAUUUGGGCCUUACCUGAAGCCCUUGUCUUCAUACCAUUUCAAAACAAUCUGCUUUUACCUACGUGAGAUGACACAUUCCUUCUUGUGGAGAUAUGAUUAUUGUGAGGAAAGGCUUAAGGACCUACUUUUAAUGCUUGAGAAUUGUUUGACAGUUCAGUCUUGUCCGCAUUUUUUUAUCAAAACUUUUAACUUGUUUGAAGAAUUUAGCCCCUUCAUACGUUGUGACUUAAUUAACAAAGUAAGAGAUCUCAGAAUGUAUCUAGAGACACCUGUAGCAGGAAAUGUUAUCCAAGCACCUGGAGGAGUAUUCAUCUGUUGAAGAUUUAUGAUUAAGUCCUUUAUUAAAUGUAGAGGAUAUCAAAGUUGAACAAGCGAUGUAUGUGUAUUGUAAUUUAAUAAUGUCUGGAAUUUAAGUAUGCAAAUUGAGGGGACAUUUAUAAUUUUCAGUACAGAAACAGAGGGGAAUAGAUACAACUUGUCCCGGAAAUAAAACAUACUACAUUUUCCAUCUUUUAUUAGAUUGCGAUAUAAUGAAACAUUCUUGGCCUGUAUCAACCCUGAACAUUACUUUUGUAUGUACUAUUUUUUAUUGAUAGAUAUAUUUUUUUAUUGAUAGAUAUAUUUUUUACUUGUACACUUUUAUACCGCAAUGUGUAUAUUGGCUGUUAUUCAUCUACUUUUUAUUUUGUGACUAAAUUCCCUUUGCCAUUGGCAUCUGUUCAGGGAAUACAUUUCCACUUUUUCUACCAAUGGGUUUUUUACGUUUUUCAUAUCCAACAGUGCUACAUCAUUAUCUUUUGAUUUUUUACUGCUGUUGAAGCAAGGGCAAUAGAAAACAAAAUAAACCUAAUCAUGGAUAACAUUUGUCUGAC